GGUGUAGAGGAAAAGCAACAAGAGGUUGUUAACAUCGCAAAUACACGUACUUCGUCGUCUUCAGAAAAUGAGCUCAGUCGUAACGACGAAGCCCUCCUGAGCUUCAGUAUGAAGUUCGAAAGGUGCAUGGGUCUCUAAGUGAUGAUAACCAACUUAUUUUGGAAGAAAGGUAUGGUAGAUUGAUGGUAACAUAACAAAGCUGUGAUUGCUAGCAUAAUCAAGGAGAUAGGAGAUUCUAAAUUUACAGAAAAGCAAAUGGAAGCUGCAGUGAAAUCGCACAUGAAAUAUCUAAGGGAUACUCGUCAUGUCCGUCCUCCAGCUGUUCAACAUAGAGUCAGAAUCCGAUCUCGACAACAAAGGAUUUAUGAGAGACGGACAAGAACAGUUAAAGCUAAAGAGGCGAAGAACUGGAAGUUUAUAACACCCGAUAUGAUGUCAGAGGAAGAGGAAGAGGGCGGUUCGUUCAUUAGGCAUAAGCCAUCUUGGAGAUCCAACACUCUGAAUCGGUUUUUGGAAAAACUCGAGAGACGAUUCAAGGAAAAACAUCCGAAUUCCUUGGCAAAGCCCCGUACAUAUGGUGAACCGAUUCAGAAAGCACCCCCUGCUGGCAUUCCAUCGUGGAUGGUGAAACCAGAGCAGCCCGGUGAAAGCGUCAACGAAACUAUCGAGAAUGAGCUGUCCAGUGAUGAAGAUGAUGCCAACAGCUCUGUGGACUAGACUAGAAUUGGAAUGUGACUAUACAGCUUACAUAAAUAUGACUUUUCAGUAUGAUGCAUAAUAUAAAAGUGCAUUGUGUUAUAGGAUCGUUUUUUCAUGAUAUCCUCACGUUAUAUUGCCGUUAUAAUAGAGUCAAUGUAGAGCAUACUGCAUGUUA